GCGACCUCCAGCAAGGCGGCCACCCAGUAACACCUUCACACCUGUGAAGCGUAGACUACACCGACUAACGACCCCCUCCGCUGCCUCCGCUUCGACCUCUCGCGCCCGCUUCACGCACGAACAACACGAGUUGUCCCAGGUGCUGCUCCAAGUGUCCGUUUUCCUUCUGGAAGUCUCAGCUGGGAGGAGUCAGAGGAGGAAAGAAAGUUGUUGUAAAUCCAACUUAGAGCCGCUUACCUUGGGAGGACAGCGUUCUGGGGCUCUAGAAAACAAGUAGAUGAGGUGGGUUUGCUCACCUAACUCGGUGUGGAAGAGAGACCUAUAAACUCAGACAUCUGUCCCAGAGUAGACGCUUGGGGACAAGUGCCAGACCCUUUGCAGCCUUAUCAUGUACAGCAGAGCUUACUUAUUGCUGGAGAGAGACUUCCAGGAGCUGAAGGAGAACAACUUUAAGGGUAUUACUGCCUUUCCUAUACGUGAAGAUCUAAUGGAAUGGGGAGCCGAUAUUGAAGGUCUACAGAAUACAUUUUGGCAUGGAUUAUUCUUCCAACUGACAAUAAACUUUACAUCACAGUACAAUUGUGUGCCUCCAGUUGUGAAAUUCCUAACAAUUCCUUUUCAUCCAAAUGUAGACCAAAAUACUGGUCGGGCCUGUAUAGAUUUUUUGGACGACCCCAAUAAGUGGAAUACAAGCUAUACUUUGAGCAGCAUCUUACUAACCCUCCAGGUUAUGCUUUCUAAUCCAGAGCUAGAAAAUCCAGUGAAUUUGGAAGCAGCCCAAAUGCUGAUUGAAGAUGAAUCUCUGUAUAAACAAGUAGUUCUAAGACUUUUCAACCAACCAUCACAAUUGAGAGAUAAUGGCCCUGAGUUUCCUAAAGAUCCAGAUAAAAUUAUCAGAUCAAUUAAAGAAAUCUCAUUUAAUGAUUACUACAAGACAUGGUCUACAAUAGCCACAUCAAAAGCCACAGAACACUAUAGAAGUUCAUUGCUUGAAGAUCCAGAUUUUAUUGUAGAGUAUUAUAAGUGGAAGAAAGCUGAAUUAAAACAUCCUAAAGAAUGGAAUUUAAAGUAUGCAGCUACUGUGGCUCGGCUGGCUAGAGAAAGUAGAAGAAAGCCUUCCAGAGCCAAAUAUCUAACUGAAAGAGUUCGACUCUGCCCAACUCCAAUUCAAAAUUUUGCUGACUCACAGACCGAAAUGGCCAUUGUCAUGAAGACUGGUAGAACAAAGGAAAGGUGGAGGAGUGUAGCUUUACCAGAUGAUUUUAGUGCAAAUGAGCCAUGGGAAGAAGAAGUGGAAGACCUGGUCACUUGGACCAACACUCUUGAUACAGACAUUUUAGAAGAUUCAGCAUGAUGCUCCAGGAUUUAGAAAAUGAACAGCCUCAACCACAGCUCGGCUUCAUGAGGCAACUUUGGAACUUGGAUUCCAUUUUUUUUUUUUUUUCCCAAGUUGGUCUCAUGCUCUCACAUCAAGUACAAAUUAGAAAUAUAAAUAUAAAUCAGUGAAUAUGUUUCUCUGAAUUUUUUGAGCUCUACCUCAUUGCUUGAAGCUAAGUUAACUGAAUUAGGGGUAUUCAUUGUGGCAUUUCAAUCAGUGGUAUUACACCCACAGUUGUUAGGCUAUGGGUUGCAAGUUUUUGCAGAAAGGGACAAGAUAUGAGUCAGGAAGAGGCUGGUAUAGGAGGGGAGUUCUUAGGACCUUCAGAGCCUGGACAUUAACCAAAGAGAGGGAUCUUUAUGGAUGUCUGCAUCUGCCUGGUUUAGUGUCAUCUUUUCUCCAUAUUCAAAGGAUGAGAUGUCAUGCUCUUCUCUUUUCUUCCAGAAAACAUGUUCUGUUUCCUCUUUGACCUUACCCCUCAUAUUCUCAUAUUUAUUUUCUCCCUCUUUUUUUGCUGCAUUGCCUCAACCUGCAAAUGCAUGCGGGUCUCUCCUAUUUUAAAAUAUGUCUCUACCUUUGACCCUACAUUUCUACUUCUCUCAGCACUGUAUUAUUCAGGGAUACCUGGCUAGCUCAGUUAGUGGAGUGUGGGACUCUUGAUCUCGGGGUUGUAAGU